AUGAUGGACAUUUCCAACACCGCUAUCUCAGGGACCCUUAUCAACACAAUGUCAAUGCUCCGUGACUUGCGAGAGCUUCGUGCAGUCAACUGUGGGUUCAGACUCAAUAUUCCAGACAAGAUCACCUACCUCACCAACCUCUCAUUCCUGGACCUUAGCGGCAAUCAACUAGAGGGGAACCUGCCAGUGAAUAUGGAGAACAUGGUCAACCUUCGACACCUCAACCUGGGUCGCAACAAAUUCUAUCCCUUCUAUUUGGAUACGAUCACAGCUUUCACAUCCCUCACCUACCUUGGUCUGGCCAAGUGCGGAUUGGUGGACCCUGGGCUCGUUUCUGACUUGACAGGCCUCCAAGGGCUUGAUCUCAGUGCCAAUACGUUUACUGGCUCCGUUCCCCAGUUCCUACUCGAUCUCCCGCAGCUCCAGUCAAUGGAUCUACAUCAUUGCGGCUUUACAGAAACUAUACCGACUCCAACCGCUCUGAACACUGCAUUAACGUACCUCAACCUGGCCAGCAAUGCUCUCACGGGUUCUAUUCCUGAAGCCAUUUCCAAAGUCGGCGGUGCAGUCACCAUUGAUUUGUCGGGCAACUCUCUCGAUGGCUCCAUUCCUGCUUCAAUGCUUCAACUCACGCAGUUGCAGAAUAUAGUGCUCGGGUUCAACAAGUUAUUGGGCGAUCUUCCUGCCAUAAUCACGCAGCUCACAGAUCUCAAGAAACUGGAUCUGAGUUUCAACCAGAUAUCAGGGCCACUGCCCACCAUCCUUAGUCUUGCCACUUCUCUCUCCCACCUCGACCUCAGCGGCAAUAUCUUCACAGGCACGCUGCCUUUGGGCUACAGCCGCCUCUCCCAGCUCUCCACCCUGGGCCUGUCGUCCAACAUUCUCUCAGGCUCCAUCCCAGAGCCGCUUAUCGCUGCCCUAACCAACACGCCCCACCUUUUCCUCUUGUCCUCAUUUGUUCAUGUCGCAUGUCCUCAUGUGCGCAUGUCCUCAUGUGCUCAUGUCCUCUUGUCUUCUGAAGAGCAUACAGCUGCUGCACCCGUCCCUCUCCCCUACUAUUACUGCGAGCGAGACCUGGGCUUCAACCGUCUGUCAGGCACGCUCGUUUCAUCCGUCAGCACUCUCACAGCCCUCAAGGCGCUAUCGCUGUCCAGCAAUGCCUUCACGGGUUCCGUUCCAGCAAAAGUCAUCGCACAGAUUGGCAACCUGCAGAAGCUGGACCUGAGCUACAACCAGCUAACGGGGGUCAUGCCUGCAGAGCUCACAGCUUUAGAUGCCAUCACCAACCUCGAUCUGAGCCACAACGACCUGACCGGCCCUCUUCCAACCAGCAUCGGCAGCAUAACUACCCUCAGGGCCAUCAAUCUGAGUGGCAACGAUUUGACCGGCUCCAUACCAGUCGAGUACUCCAAUCUCGCCAGCCUUGAAACACUCAACCUCUGCUGCAACCAGAUCAGCGGCACCCUGCCCACUCUUCUCGGGGGGCUCUUAAGAAUGGAAGCCAUUGACCUGAGCAACAACCGUCUGUCUGGAACCAUCCCCACGCUUCUCACAGGCCUUGUCCGCCUCACCCUCCUCAACCUGCGCAACAACCAGCUGACAGGCCCCGUACUGCAGCCCAUCCCAUCAACAGUCACCGUCUACAAUCUCGACCUCAACUAUUUCUCCUCAGGCUUCGACUCCCCACCCGACUGCUCCCAAGGCUCCAUCUCCUUCCGCUUCAACUGCCUCGCAACCCCCACUGACGGCUUCUCCUGCCCCACGCCUGCCACGCCCUCUGCUGCGGAUGCAGCGGUGCAGCGCCCGGAGGAGCUCUGUGCGGCCUUCUGUGGCGUGAGUGCUGACGACCCCCCGUGCGACGGCCAUGGCGUGUGCUAUCUGGCCGGCCCCAGCAGAGUGCCCACGUGUGACUGCGAGCCUGGGUUUGUCAACGGGGAGUUUCCUGGAAGCUGCGUCGCCGAAGGCAGCGAGGACCCAGUAAUCGUGCAGCCGACAGCAGCACAGACAGCAGUGAAGGGGGGGGCUUCAGUGGCAAACGAUGGCCGCGUCACGCUGACAGCCUCACAGCCCAACACGUGGGGUGCAGCGUUCCUCCAACUGCCCAUCCCACUCUUCUCCUUCUCCCUGAAAGCCGGUGCCUGCGGCCGCCCCUUGGCCUUCACCGUCUAUUUCUCCUUCUCCAUUCUCAAACCAGCCACCGCCAGCAGGGCAGCAGCCACAGCUGCAGGAGAUGCAGGGGACGGGUUUGCGUUUGUGAUUGCAGCCAGUGACGCUGCUACAGGCGGUAGCAGCGGCAGCAGCGACGGCAGUGGUGGGGGCGGCAGCUUAGGGUAUGCAGGCAUGGAUGAGCGCAGCAUAGCCGUGGAGUUUGACACUUCUAAGAGCACCGACGCCAACGACCCAGACAGCAACCACGUGGGGCUCAGUGUCAGGGGCAACACCUCUUCCAUCGCAACUGCCAAAGCGCCCUUCACUCUCAACGAUGGCAAGCCGAAGCAGGCCUGGAUCGUCUUUGAACCCUCUCCUUCCUCCGCUGGCGGUGCUGCUAGUGGCAGCGCUAGCUAUGGCAGCAGCAACAGCAGCGGCGGUGGCACGGGGUGGCUGCGGGUGUUUCUGUCGGGCAAGGGGUCCCCCCGGCCGGGCAAGGCAGUGCUGGCGAUGCAGGUGUCGCUGUGCGAGUUCCUGCAGCCCAGUGCAGCCGAGGUGUCGUUCCUCAUGGGCUUCACUGCUUCCUCCUCUGACUCCCCGCAGCAACACUCCAUCCUCGAGUGGAACAUCACCACAGGCCUUCCUGAAUCAACCACUCUUACAGGCCAGCAGUUUGGGUUGCAGCUGAGCGAGGCAUCGCUGGCGCCAGUGGGGGCGAACCUGUUCUUCCGCUACGCCAGUGCGGGCGUGCAGGCAGUGCAGCCUGCAGGCGGCCAGGAGGAGGAGGUGUGGGUUGUCAGCCAGGCCUUCUCCUGGGCCGACCAGGGCGUGGCCUGGCCCGUCCAGAACCAGGGCGCCUGCGGUGACUGCUGGGCGUAUGCGGUGGUGGGCAGCAUAGAAAUGGCAUACGGAAUUCUCUCCAACCUCACAGUAGUGCCGCACCUCUCCGUCUCCCAGCUACGUGACGCCCUCGGCUCCUCAUGCGCGCAGGGCAACUCGCCCUCCCAAGCCUUCCACUACCUCGUCACUCUCAACGCCAAGAGCAAAGUGGGGCUCACGGAGGAUGGGACCGGGGUGGUGGUGAGCGGGGGAGGGGCCAAGAAGAGCAGCAGCCAGAGCCCUCUCUGUAGCAUGCCCGUCUUUGCUCUGCUUGCGCAAGCGCUUGGGAUCUCCUGCGGCAAAAACAGGACCCUUGGAACGAGCAAGCCAUCGGGAGGGCCGUUCAGAGUGGGCGGGUUUGAGCGCACGGCAUUCCACGGCUGGUUUGGGCUGCUGCUGGCCGUGCAGCGACAGCCCGUGGUGGUGCAUGUGCAGGCCACCGCCCCCUCCUUCCUCAACUAUGAUGGGCUUUCCAAGUAUGCGGACCCAGCGUGCUUCACGUACAACCUGAACCACGUGGUGCUGCUGGUGGGCUAUCGCCUCACCGGCUCAGACCCGACCUUCCCGCACAUGGCGCCGCCCUUCUGGAUCAUCCGCAACUCAUGGGGCCCGGAGUGGGGCGACGGCGGGCACAUGCGGAUGGACAUCCAGGGGGGCGACGGCGUGUGUGGGAUCAACACACUGCCUGGGAUCUACCCGGUGGUGCACACUGCCAAGGACCCCUGCAAUGUCAACGGCACCAGCAGUGGGGUGUUUGGGCUGCUGUUCAACCCGUGUGGCAACUUCACGUGCACGCCCACGCCUGAUGGGGCCAGCAACCACUGCGACUGCAACGACCCACGAUUCGUCGAGGCGCUUCAACCGGACAACUCACGCACCUGUGCUUACAGUGAGCACUCUUUCCUGUGCUUACAUUGA